AUGACCUGCAGUGGCAGCAGAGGAUGCAUGUAUGGAAAUGGGAAGCCCCUGGCUAUUGCAACCACUGCUCUACACUCUGCUCGCCUACUCAUCCACCCAGUUCUCACACUAGUUGCCUAUGGCGAGUUGUCCCUGAGUCUCUUCAGGCUAUACGCUGUAUUAAUUAUCUGGCUCUCGACAAUGAAUAUGAAAGGCUGCUAUCCAAUUGUCGCCUCUAUGAGGAAUAAUCCCCUUUAUGUGAAUUGCCAGCUGUCCAGGAAAUCUGAUUGCCUUAUCCUGCUGCUUCUGAAUGGCUGCCUCGCCAAGAUGGAUGGAUCUGAAGAACUAGCUUUGUUCAGUUCCUUUCUGGAGAAUUCUGAUAUUAAAAGAUCUUUUCGAAACGGAGUUGGAUCAGAAAUUAAAAAAAUAUCCUUUCGAAGAGCCAAGUCAUAA